AUGAAACAUCAUGCUAAAUUAUUAAUCCUAUGUUCAUUCAAUUCUAUUGGAUAUUAGUUAUUAGAUCAAAAAAUAGAAGAGUAUCUUAAAACUAAUCAAGAGGAAAUAGUUCUAUAUUUGGUAGGAACACCUAUUACAUAUCUAAAAAUAUAUGAACAAAUAUUAUUUCAUCUUUAUGGGAGAAUAAAAUAAUAUCCUACCAAAUUCAUAGUGAUCUUUGAUAUAUUUAAUAAGGAAUUUAGAAACAAAUACCAAUUUGAUUUGGUAAUAAAUUUAGGAACUAAUUUAUAAGGAGAUUUCAAUAUUCAACUUAAAAUAAAUCAUGAAAUAUAAAAAAUCUAAUUUAAGUAAGAAGGUUAUACAGUAAAUCAAUUUAAAAGAGGUGCUAAUAGUGGUACUUUUGAUCAUUUACAUAUUGGACAUAAAGUGCUUUUAAGUUUAAGUUUAUUAGCUGUGAGUUAGCAUUUGACAAUAGGAAUAACUAGUGAAAUAUUAUUAUAAAAAAAGAAAUUAAGAGGUUUCAUAUAAUCAUACAACACUCGUGUUAGAUGUGUAAAAGAGUUUUGUUAAAUGUUCAGACCUGAUAUUGAAUUGUAGUUUUCUGAAUUGAUUGAUCCAAAUGGUCUAAAAGGAUAAUAUGAAAUAUUGAUUACCACAUAAGAUUGUUAAAAUUCUAUAGAGUAUAUAAAUAAUCUUAGAAAAUAAGAGAGUUUGAAUGAAAUAAAUGGAUACAUAAUGGGUAUAAUUGAAAAUUAGAAUCAUUAAGGGGAUGGUAAAAUAUCUUCAACAUAAUUUAGAGAAUAAAUCUCAUAAAAGAAUAGAUUAACAGAAUAUGAAUAUUUGGAACUUAGAACAGAAUGGUUAUCAGUGAGUAAUAAUCUAUAUUGGUUUGAAUCUAUUCUAGUAGAUUAUUAUUCAUAACCUUAAAGGUAUUAUCAUACAUUAAGACAUAUUUAUGAUAUGUUAAAAUAAUUAAAAGGAAUUAAAAACAUUACAAAUGUUAAAUUGGCAACAUUCUUUCAUGAUAUAAUAUAUUAUCCAAAAAUUCAUGAUAAUGAAGAAAAAAGCUGUUUAUUAUUUUAAUAAUUUGCUAAAGAAGGUAAUAUUGAUACAGAGAUUGUGUCAAUUUUCAUUUUAUAAACAAAAAGUCAUUAAACAGAUGUACCAUUCUUACCUGAGGAUGAUUUAUCAGAUCUUAUGAUAUAUUUAGAUGCUGAUAUGUCUAUAUUAGAAUCUGAUGCAUAUCCUAUUUAUGCUUAAGAUAUAAGAAAAGAGUAUUCUCAUUUAUCAGAUUAAGAAUAUAAAACUAGUAGAAUUGCUGUUUUAUAAAAGUUCUUGUAAUCUAAAAUAUUUAAUCUGAGAAAUGAAGAAAAAGCAAGAAAAAAUAUAUAAGAAGAGAUUGAUAUAUUAUAAAAUUGGGUAGUGUGA